AUGAUGCAUCCAACUUUGAUCUUUGGUAUCAUCUGGCAUUCCUGGCCCAUAAUAAAUCUGCAAAAACACUGGUUUGACCGUACAAGUUUCCUAUCGGCAUAUGCCGGUUUUCGUGUUAUCCAGCGGUUGGCGCAGGAGAUGGAGAAGAGCCCAGGUUCUCGCCCUUUUCCAGAGAUAACAUACUGCAACCUUGGGAACCCCCAGGCUCUCGGCCAGCGACCCAUAACCUUCUUCCGUGAGGUUCUUUCUCUGUGUGACAAUCCAGCUCUCCUGCACAGGGAUGAAACUCGUAUGCUAUUCAGCCCAUGUGCCAUAAAUAGAGCGCGGAAGAUUAUUGAGUCCAUGCCCGGCAGAAACUCUGGUGCAUAUACUAACAGUCAGGGAAUCAGAAGUUUGCGGGAAGCAGUUGCAAAUGGAAUCGCUGCAAGAGAUGGUUUUCCAUCAAGACCAGAGGACAUCUUUCUGACAGAUGGAGCGAGUUCAGCCAUUAAUUUGAGUAUGCAGAUACUCAUUAGGUCCCAAGAAGAUGGCAUUCUAUGCCCUUUACCUGAAUAUCCGUUAUACUCGGCGUCCAUUAUACUUCAUGGUGGGACUAUGGUACCAUACAAUCUUAGUGAGGACGGUGAUUGGGGGCUUGAGAUCUUCGAAGUAAAGAGGUGCUUGGAGGAGGCACGCAUCGCAGGUUUGACUGUUCGGGCUAUGGUGAUCAUAAACCCCGGAAAUCCGACGGGACAGGUACUGUCUAUCACCAACCAGGAGGAGAUAGUAGAAUUUUGUCGGAAAGAAGGUUUGGUUAUGCUUGCCGAUGAGGUAUACCAAGAUAACGUCUAUGUGGAGGAUAAGAAAUUCCAUUCUUUCAAGAAAGUAGCCAGAUCACUUGGGUAUGACGAGAAUGACAUCUCCAUAGUGUCAUUUCACUCGGUCUCGAUGGGGUUCUCUGGAGAAUGUGGCAGAAGGGGAGGCUACAUGGAGAUAUGUGGUUUUGGAGAUGAUGUGAUGGGUGAGAUUCGCAAAGUGGCUUCUGUGACUCUUUGCCCCAACACAAGUGGUCAAAUUCUUACUAGCCUUGCUAUGGAUCCACCGAAGCUGGGAGAUGGUUGUUUUGAGGAUUUUAUGGCUGAAAAGGAAGACAUCCGUUUAUCUCUCGCCAAGCGCGCCAAGACCUUGGCGAGCGCAUUCAGCAGCCUGGAGGGAAUGACCUGCAACAAAGUAGAAGGUGCAAUCUACGCCUUCCCACGGAUCCACCUCCCUGCAGCGGCGAUCAAAGCCGCCAAGGCCGAGGGCAUGUCUCCAGACAUGUUCUACGCGUGCCGCCUUCUCAACGCCACCGGGAUCGCCGUUGUCCCUGGCUCUGGAUUCCACCAGGUGUCUGGGCGCAACAAGGCCACCGGGACAUGGCAUAUCCGGUGCACGAUCCUCCCCGGCGAGGACAAGAUCAAGGCGAUGAUCCCGCGCCUCAAGGAGUUCCACGAGUCCUUCAUGAACGAGUUCCGCAACCGAAGCUGA